UGUUGUCAUAGCAUCGCUCCAAAUAUAGUUUUUAUCGUGAUGGAUGAUAUUGGCUGGAACGACGUCGGGUAUCACAAUUCUGCAUUAUUGACACCAAACAUAGUAAAACUUGCCGAAGAAGGAACCAAGCUAGAAAAUUAUUACGUUGCACCGCUGUGCACUCCGACCAGAGCAAUGCUUUUAACUGGCAAACACGUGAUACAUCUGGGUAUGCAAGAUGGCAUAAUAAGGGAUCUUGAUAGAAGAUGCUUGCCCACUACGGAAACAACGAUUGCACAAGAACUCAAAUUAAAACAGUAUACUACCCAUGCCGUCGGAAAAUGGCACCUUGGCUUCUACAAAGAAGAAUGUCUGCCCAAUAAUCGAGGUUUUGAUUCAUUCUUUGGCAUUUAUAGUGCUGCAGCAGACCACUACACUUAUCAGGUGCACGAGACCUGGUGGGAUUUGCAUAGAAACGCUGAGAAUGUUGCACACGAAUACAGAGGGCAGUAUUCCACCGAGUUGUAUGCAAAAGAAGCAAGAACAAUUAUAAAAAAUCAUGAUGUUAACAAGCCAAUGUUCUUGUACCUGGCAUUCCAAGCUGCUCAUAAACCUAUACAGGCACCCGACAAAUACAUCGACAUGUAUCCCGAUAUAGACAAUCCUGCCCGGCGUGUGUAUGCUGCCAUGGUUACAUGUAUGGACGAUGCGAUUGGUAGCGUAGUGGACCAAUUGAAAGAAUCACAUCUCUGGGACAAUACUGUUUUGAUAGUGUCCACAGACAAUGGAGGGGUUCACAUAAGUGGAAACAACUGGCCUCUCAAAGGCGAGAAAGCAACGCUAUGGGAGGGUGGCGUACGGGGUGUAUCAUUCGUUACAAGUUCACUUCUAGCUGACCACGUGAAAGGAACAUCGAAUAAUCACCUCAUGCACGUGACUGACUGGUUUCCUACAAUAUUACAUAUAGCUGGUGUUGAUAAUGACGUAAUAAAAUCAAAAAACUUAUAUGGUGUAAAUCAGUGGGAUACUAUAAGCAAGAACUUCAUGUCUAAAAGAAAUGACGUACUUAUCAACAUGCAGCCAGACAUGUUAGCCGGACAUUAUCAAGAGCCAUUGCUGAAGGAGAAACAGACUUUCGAUGUCAGAGUAAGAGCAGCUAUUCGAGUCGGGAAUUGGAAACUAUUAACUGGAUCACAAGGCCUCUCUCCUGAUCGUAUAGCGAUUUUAUGGUUACCCGGGGCUAUGUUUGUGAACGCACUGUAA